UGACUUUAUCUUCUGGUUUUCCUGCAGGGCUAGGCCCCAGCCCCAGCAGCCUGUGGAGGAGCCGGAAGCUGAGAUGUCGAAAGGCAAAGGGCCGGCUCCCAGUGCUGGGGGUCUGUGGACCACCAAGCGCGACGGAGAGGUCAAGCUGCGGAUGGACCAGAGCGGCAUCGGCUCCGAGACCCCCAUCACUGUCCAUGACCUCUUCCUGGCCACCGUGGAGAAAUACGGCCACUUGCCGGCGCUGGCUUCGAAAAAACAGGGCCGGUGGUUCAAGUUGACCUUCCGCCAGUACUACGAGGAGUGCCGCAAGACUGCCAAAAGCUUCCUCAAGCUGGGCCUGGGGCGGGUCCACCGCGUUUGCAUCCUGGGCUUCAACUCCCUGGAGUGGUUCCUGGCGGACGUCGGUGCCAUCUUUGCUGGGGGUUUUGCCGUCGGUAUCUACACCACCAACUCUCCCGAAGCCUGUCACUACGUGGCGGAGAAUUGCGGGGCCAACAUCAUCGUGGUGGAGAAUGACAAGCAGCUGCAGAAGAUCCUGGAGGUGAGAGCCAGACAGGGAAGG